GCUUCCCUUGUGGUCAAGGAACUAAGGCUUCGGUGACAAUGUUCUCGCAGCACGAAAACGAUACGAACUUCUUGUCUACAGGAAAUAUGGAUAGAACUCUUUCUCGGACAUCUAGUGUUUUUGACGAAUCGUACAAGAUAAUUAAUGACCCGAUUCAUGGGCACAUUAAGCUGGACCAUGACACCAUUGACUUCAUUGACACCGUACAAUUCCAACGCCUCCGAGAUUUGAAGCAGUUAGGGUCUGCUUACUUUGUAUUUCCUGGUGGCAGUCAUCAUCGCUUUGAGCAUUCGAUUGGCGUUGGGCAUCUCAGUAACACUUUAAUCAACAAAUUUCGGAGUGAGCAGCCCGAGCUUGAGAUUACUGAAGAUGAGGUUCGAUGUGUGACACUUGCCGGUCUUUGCCAUGAUCUCGGUCAUGGUCCAUUUUCGCACGUGUUCGACAAUGAAUUUAUGCCUCGAGCUCGUCCAGGAAUAAAUUGGUCCCACGAAAACGCUUCAGAAAUGAUGUUGGAUUAUCUAAUCGAUGAUAAUCAUAUUGACAUUGACACUUCUCAAAUCAACUUCAUCAAAGAUCUCAUUGCUGGAAAUCCUCGGUCAAAAAGUCAAUACGACGAAAGGGCUUUUCUGUUCGACAUUGUCGCCAACAAGAGAAAUAGUGUCGAUGUCGACAAAUUUGACUAUAUCGAAAGAGAUUGCUAUAACCUCGGCAUUAAGUCAUCAUACGACACAAAGCGUCUAAUGUGGUUUACUCGGGUGGUGGACAACCAGAUUUGUUACCAUCACAAAGAAGCGUACAAUUUGUUUGAGCUCUUCCACACGCGAUAUUCACUCUUCAAACGGAUAUACACUCACCGCGUUGGCAAGGCAAUCGAACUGAUGAUCACAGACGCUUUGUUAGCAGCAGAUGAGACGUUUGGAAUAUCCAAGGCAGUCGAUAAUGGGGAGGAUUACCUCAAUCUAACUGAUGAUAUUCUUCGCGUCAUUGAACGGUCAAAGGAACCUGAACUAGCCCAGGCGCGUCAAAUAAUGAAGCGUAUUCGGACACGUGAUCUCUACAAAUUCGCUGAUGAAUUUAUCAUACCGAAAGAUCUUAUGCAAUACCUCGGAAAGGAUAAAAUAAAUUCAGAAGAGGUCAUAUCACAUCAAGAGGAUAAUGUACACUUGUCGAGUGAUGACGUUCUGGUUGAAUGGUUGAAAAUCAACUAUGCCAUGAAGGAUAAGAACCCUGUUGAUUCCAUCAAAUUUUAUAACCGCUGGGACAGAGAGUCGUUCUUCAUUCCAAAAGAGCAGGUGUCAUACAUGGUUCCAAGUCAGUUUCAGGAAGUCAUAGUCCGCAUUUACACGCGAGAUAGCAGCAAAGUUAGCGCCGUACAACGCGCAUUUAGAAAGUUACUAAAAACGUUUGAUGCCAAAUUACCUGGCGAUAGCCCAAUUUCGAUAACGCCAAACGCAGCUCUGUCAAUUCCUGACGAUUUCACCAGUCCAAGAAAAAGAAGAUAUGACGGUGGAAUGGAUGCAAUUGAACGAUACGCGCCUUCGAAGAUCGUGAAGGAGUGGUCGUUGAAAAAGGCACACAGCACACUAUAGAUUUUAUAUACAUCGAGAUCAUGGCCUUCGAGCAAUUUCUAGAAAGCUUAUCAGCAAACAUAGCCUUUAUUCAUACUUGAUGCUAACAGACAUUCCCAUCAGCUCUCUUGUCCAUAUAUUUUGCAAAUCUUUGUACUUUUUAAUAAACAGCGGGUAUUCGACAGAAUAAGCACAUUUUAAAAACAAAUCUCUGACAAAUGAGUUGCUGAUAGCGAAGAUUAUUCCGUCUGUCUCUACAAGGGACUUGUAACCUGUAGUUUCAGAA